CUCAGUGCUGGAGGAGAGAGAGAAAGAAAGAGCUCACCUCUCUAUUCCAAAGAGAGUGGGCUGCAGUGAUGAGGUGAGCCGGCACAAUGAGACAUCCAUCGGACAGAAGACACAAAUUCAUUCUGGAUCGUCCAAGUCAUUAAAAAAUGUGACUGACAUCUCUCAGAGAUCCGGCAGCUAUGGACUGGGAGAAGUCAUUGAACCGAUCCAGGGUGAACUCCUCUACUGCAGCCUCUUCGUCAUCUCCAACCACAUCUGACUUUUCUUCCUCCUUCUCCUCCUCCUCCUCCUCCUCCUCCUCAACCUCCUCCUCCUUAUCCUGCUGCAACUCCUCUCACCUCCUCUUCUCCACCUCCCCGGUCCCUUCCUUUUCUGGCCUGGACCUCCUGUUUCACCUGAAGCCCGUCUUCAUCCCCCUCUACUCUGUGGUGGCGCUGGUCGCCUGCUCCGGAAACCUCCUCCUCCUCUUCCUCAUCUGGCACAACAAGAAAAGACACAACACCACAAACUUCCUCGUCGGCAACCUGGCACUGGUGGACCUGGUCAUGAGCGUCUUCUGCGUCCCUUUGACUGCGUCCUACGCCUUUGACCGGCGCGGAUGGGUGUUUGGCGCCCACUUGUGCCAUUUCGUCACCGUGAUGCAGUCCGCGGCCGUGUACGCGGCGUGCCUCUCCCUCACGGCCAUCGCGGUGGACCGCUACGUGGUCGUGGCCUAUCCCAUCCGCAAAAGGGCAGGGGGCCAGUAUUGCUGGGGCCUGGUGGUCGCCAUAUGGCUGUGCUCGCUGGCUUUAUCCGCACCCACGGCGCUGCACACCGUGCACCUGGACCUGCGGGUCGCGGGGCUGCAGAUGGCCGUUUGCGAGGAGUUCUGGGACGGCCAGGAGCGAGGGCGGCUGAUCUACUCCUGCUUCAUACUCCUCUUCUCCUACUUUGUCCCGCUGGCCGCUGUCUCCGUUUCCUACUGUGCCAUAUCCCACCAGCUGAGGCGGAGGACCACGUCGGGAUUGACGGCGUGUCAGGAGUUGAGAUCUGAAGGGCCUGCAUGGAGCAGACGGAGGAGGAAGACCUUCUAUCUGCUGUUGGCGUCCGUCCUGUGUUUUGCCUUCUCGUGGCUUCCCUUGCAGGUGGUGAAUCUGAUCCAUGACCUGGACACAGAUUUCUCCAUCCUAGGGAAGGAUUACAUCAACAUCAUCCAGGUGUCCACUCACCUGCUCGCCAUGAGCUCCGCCUGCUACAACCCUUUCAUUUACGCCUCGUUUCACCAAAAAAUCCUCACCUACCUGUGCGGCCCCUUAAUUCUGCGCAAAGGAAGAACAGGAAAGGACGAGGGCCGCCGGUCCAACACCCUGACGAUGGCGCUGCACAGGGUGCAGCGCCAUCGCGCCUCCAACGUGGCAGCGGAUUCAACGCCCGCGAAUGGCGCCAUUCCUCGAGACAUUUACGCAUAAAAGCUGCUUUGCUUGAAAAAAGCUGUUCUUUUUCCCCCCGGGAAGGACACUUAUCAAGGCAAGUCUUCUUCACUUCAUAUAAAACCUGAAUCUCUCCUCUAAUCAGUGCUCGUGUAAACGCUAGACGCAACCCUUGUUUUAAUUAUACACCGAUUUCUAGAUAUUUGUAUCCGCAUGCUUUUAAUUCCGUUCAUAUCAUUGGUUUGAAUCGUUUCGCAUGUUUUGAUUAUCUGUGGAUUUGUUGAGGUGUUGCGGCAGAUGGGGUUUUGUUCGUCGCCUGCCUUAUUUUUACAAGAGACUGCUGGUGCGUGUUGUAAUUGUCUGCAGCUGCGCCAGUCGCCUUUAGGAAGCCCGGUGGGGUCGAUGGGCGGGAGGCCUUCAGCAGAUGGAGCAGCACGGAGGUGGAUUGGAUGAUUUUAUUAGUUUUGUGAACAGUUGUUUUAAGAGUUUCAUGAAUUUGUCCGGCAUUUAGCUUAUAAAUUCUUUAGCGCCUCGUCCUCUUGGCAGUAAUUCGUCUCGCACGUGCCGGCUCAAUUUGGUGUCCUUUUUCCUUGUUUGUCUUUUUAAGUAGAGGUGCAGCUUUUUUAGCGGUUUUACGGCUGUGUGAGAUCUCUGGGAAUACUUUUAGAUUCAGUCAGUUUAGACCGUGUUUUAUAUUGAGGUUAUUAACUCUAGUUUAAUAAAUGAUCUUGCUUUAAAAUCAUAGGUUUUG